AUGCCCUUUGAGGCAUCCAUUAUCAGUAAUUAAUGGACGACGUGGAGGCCAGAACCGUCAGACAACCAGCGGAGGACGAUUUCUUCCGCGAAGUCGGGCAUCAUCGUGACACCAGGAAACGUCACCGUCUCACCGCAUCCCGGACUGACGCACACUCAUCUGCUGAGACCUGAAGAGUGUCUCUUUGACUCCAGCCAUGUUCUCCUCUUCAACCCCACCCCUUCUCUACCUGAGUCUCCUGCUCUUUCUGUCGUCCACUGUCCUCUCCUGCCGGACUGGGAACCGCAGGCAGUGUCGUGCCGCUCCCUUUGUACCGGGCCACAACCUGGCGGGGGAGGGCUUUGACGUGGUCACCCUGAAGCGAAAAGGAGCCUACUUGGUCGACGUGAAGACCUACCUGAACAGAAGAGGCACCUGUAAACUCUGCGUUAACCCUCUUCAAGGCAACAAGCUGCAGAAAGUAAUUCAAAUCAGAAAACUGCCUCUCUCUGUGGUGGACUGGCGCUCAUUCAGCCGCUGUAGUCAUCGGAGCCAACAGAGUCGAGAGUCCUCUGUCAGCUCACUGGUGAGCAGAUACACCUCCCUGUUCACUUCAGGUUGGAAGAUCGGCUUCAGUUUUAAGAAGAAGCUGAAUAUACAACUGGCGGGAACUCGGUCCUCUGUGUAUAGAUUUGCUUCAUCCAGGACCAGAAAGGACAGCUACUCCUUUAGCACUCACAGGGUGACCUGCAGCCAUUACAGGUACCGUUUGUCGAAAAGACCGCGCCUCAGCAGGGAGUUCCGCAGGGAUUUGGAGAGACUGCCCUAUUCCUACAGCCGCUCCACCAAGGCCCAGUUCAGACGGCUCAUAUCUAUCUACGGCACACAUUAUAUCCGCCAGGUUCGACUUGGGGGGGAACUCAGGAGAUUCACAGCUACACGUACCUGUUUGUCUUCACUGAAUGGAUUUUCCGCACAACAGGUGCACUCCUGCUUAACGCUGGGUUUCUCUUUUGGCUUGGGGAAGUUGACAUCAUCUAAUAAACUCCGGUCUUGCAGAAAAGUCCUACAGAACCGGGACUUCUCCACUUCGUCCAGGUCCAGUCUCUACGACCAUUAUACAGAGGUGAUAGGAGGCAGAGGUUGGGUCGGUGAGUUUUCUUUCACCCGUCAAGACUUCAAGGGCUACCAAAGGUGGCUGUCGACCCUCAAGGAUCACCCUGAUAUUGUUCAAUAUUCCCUAAGACCAAUGUACGAGCUGGUGUCAUGCGAGGCACAAAAGAUAGCAAUGAAGGCUGCCAUUGAGGCGUACGUGAAUGAAAACGCCGUCAAGAAGAUAGUCAAACCGCAAUGUGGCAUCAACUGCUGUCCUAAACAGGCCUUUUGGGGAAACAUGGUUGUGACCAUCCUCCGAGCCCGGGGUCUGAAAGGAGAUAGAGUUGGCAAGACUGACGCGUAUGCUAAGAUGUGGUUCAGUCAUUUCCACCGCAGGACUGGUGUGAUCAGGUCAAACCGCCCUCACUGGAAUGCUCGUUUUAAUCUCGGCAAGGUGGACACACAUCCAGGUCUGAAGAUUGAAGUCUGGGAUGAAGACGUGUUCAGAGACGAUCGUCUGGGAUCAUGUACGAAGUACGUGAGACAGGGGACUCACACAUUCACCUGCUAUGCCAAGAGAGGUGGCGUUGAGAUCAAGUACUCUCUGGUCUGCGACCGUCACCUGACUGGAGACAGGUGUGACCAGUACAAACCAUCCCCAUACUGAGAAAUGCAUCUGGGUGACAUGCUCUAUGCAAAUACUGUUGGCUUGUUUUUGAUGAAGUGUGAUAUCAGAUUGGUUGAUUAUGAAAUUGACACACUCUUCAGUUUCCUAUUUUAGAGACUCAAUUACAUAUUUUUGACUGUAUAAAUUAGAGGUAUAGCUAUUCAUUUAUGUAAGUGUUUGACCUUUAAAUAUUAUAUUCAGCAUUGUAUGUGUUUCUCAGCUUAUAUUCAGUUGUAGUUUAAUGUGAGGUGAUUUUCAAAGAGAUGGUAGUCCUGUUUUAUCCUGUUUGGAUAUUUGGUGGUGGGGCCACAUUUGGAUAACAGAUUAUGUCUUUGUCAUAUUAAGAAGCUGUUUUUCAAAACAAUGAGUAUGAUUAGAGAUACAUUUUGUGCUGUCUUUCGCGCACUAAUAAAGAUUGUGAAAAACAUGUAACAAUUUUUUCUUAAGCUCCACUGAUCAACAUUGGUAACACUUUAUGAUGAGACAAAGCACAUGUUUCACUGAUGCAUGACUCAUGAUGACUUAAAGCUGCAGUCUGUAACUUUGAGCAAAUAUGUGAUUUGUAUUGCCAUUGUGUGAACAUAUUGUAAUGUAACUUAAAAAUUUAGACCAUC